UUGAUCAUUUCCUUCUAGAUGUGGUGGCACGGUGGGCGCUAUUUUGACUUGUCCUCUUGAGGUUGUGAAGACCAGACUGCAGUCCUCCUCCAUCAGUCUGUACAUCUCCGAAGUCCAGCUCAGCACCGUCAACGGGGCCAGUGUGGCCCGUGUCGCUCAACCAGGACCUCUGCACUGUCUCAAGUUGAUACUUGAGAGAGAGGGACCUCGUUCACUCUUCAGAGGACUUGGACCCAACCUUGUGGGUGUGGCACCUUCCAGGGCGAUCUACUUUGCGGCCUAUUCGACAGCCAAGGAGAAACUCAAUGGGGUGCUGGAGCCGGACUCCACCCAGGUGCACAUGGUGUCGGCUGGGCUGGCAGGGUUCACCGCCAUCACGGCCACCAACCCCAUCUGGCUGAUCAAAACCCGUCUGCAGCUGGAAACCAGGAACCGUGGCGAGCGGCGAAUGAACGCAUUUGAGUGCGUGCGGCGGGUGUACCAGAUGGACGGCCUGCGAGGUUUCUACAGGGGCAUGUCAGCCUCGUAUGCUGGCAUCUCUGAGACCGUCAUCCAUUUUGUCAUCUAUGAGAGCAUCAAACGUAAACUGAUGGAGGCCAAAGCCCAAGCCAGCAUGGACGAAGAGGAGGAGUCGGUGAAAGACGCCUCCGACUUUGUGGGCAUGAUGCUCGCAGCAGCAACCUCCAAGACCUGUGCCACCUCCCUCGCCUACCCUCACGAGGUGAUCCGAACACGGCUACGAGAGGAAGGAAGCAGGUAUCGCUCCUUCUUCCAAACUCUGCUGACGGUACCCAGGGAGGAGGGAUACGGGGCGCUGUAUCGCGGCCUCACCACCCACCUUGUCAGACAAAUCCCCAACACGGCCAUUAUGAUGUGCACCUAUGAAGUGGUUGUCUACCUGCUUAGUCGGUAGAUAUGUCCCCUUCGUGUUUUAAAAAAAAAAAGAAAAAAAAAGAGAAAAUAACUUUUAGCGAAUGACAUAGAAGGAGGUCCUUUGGAAGAGCGAGGACAAAAUGUCAUAUUGGAGACCAAAGGAAAACCGAAGAUACUCGAGUGGACCAGAAGGAAAAAGGAGGAAGCCCUUUGUUACCAUAUCAGCAUCCAGCUCCCUUCAUCUGGAACAGAUAGAGGGCGCUACAGUUCACAGGAGAGCAAAUACAGUAGGCUAAGGAAGAAGGCCCUGAUAGGAGAGACUGAGAAAGAGAUUGGGAGAGUAAGGAAGAGAUGUAAGCACAUUUCAGUGGCCUUUAAGAGAGCGGUUUAAUUUGCAUCCUUUUUUGUGCGCUGUGUGAACUGUUGUCUUUAUCACUUUCAAAUGAAGAUGAUAUUGUGAAAGGGGAAUGCUUGGAGACAACUGCAUUUGACAGGAGAGGUGCUAAUAAACUAUAGGUCAAUUCUAUUAAUCAAAUAACCUCUAAUUGGAACUGUUUGUCUGCACUUGCUUCAGUGCAGUGAGACUGCAGUAGGAAGAGAUGAUGGCGUUUUUAAAGAGUGUUUGAAAGCAGAAUGUCAGAAGUAAGUUCGGAUUUGAAACGAGGACAUCAGUCUUGUUUUAUUUGCAUCACCCAUCUUUGCACUACAAAAAGUGUGCCUUCAAGCAUUCCCCUCCGAACAAUGCAGUUUAUCCCCUCGACGGCCUGAUGUUCACACAGCAGUGAGCUGACUGUCCAAACACACGAAAAACACAACUGAGAGUGAAAAACAAGCCACACACACUACCUUAUCAUGAUAAAGAGUAGGUUGAAAAUCGGACUUUUGUUCAGUAUUUUGAUCCUCUAUAAACCUGUGCCUGAUUGUGACGCACUUCAGAUGAAGUUGGCCUCUCACAAACAAGGUCAGCUCCUGGCAGUCACUGCAAAUCAUAUGUGAAAAACACAAGACCAACGGGUCCUUUUGUUUUCAGAUGUGAAGUGUGCGAUUGUCCUAAAGCCACUACUUGAGUAUAAUGUGACAGAGUGGGUGGAUGUUGAUGGAGUUUUAUCUUCGCCCCAUAAGCUGUUUUGUGUGAGUGUGUGUGAGAGCGUGUGUGUGUGUGUGUUUUUUAUGUCCUAUGUCUAAGAUCACUAAAACUGUGAUGAGCUAUGUCCAGGGUUGUGCGUGUUUGUGCGUCUGCAGUCAUGUGAUCCUGCAUGUCUGAUUCAAAUCUACUCCUGCUUCCCUCCACUAAGUAUGAAUCUUGAAGGACGCUGCCGUUGUGAGCGUGGAAAAGCUUCCUGCAGCUUUCAUUCCUGCUCUCCUGACUGUCCUUUCUUCCAGUGGCUUCCAACUGACCUGAUAACAUGCACUUUUGUGGCCUUUUGGGGCUUGUGCUUUGCAUUUUAUUGUGUGGACAGUUUGAUCUUGUAAAUUGUAAAAGAAAAAAAAUGUAAUACUGUAUAUCAAAAUGGUACUUUGCGCAACUGUUCUUAAAGCAGAUAUAUUGUACAGUUCAGAGUUCUCAGUAGUUGUGAAGGAUGUCAAUGUGUGUAAAUAAUAUAGAUACUGUACAUGCAUAUCAGUUUUUUUUGUUUUUUUAGGCCCAUGUGUGAUCAUGCUGUAGUUUGUAUUUGCAAAUUUUGUUCUAAUUUUUGUGCAAUUUAACCUUGUGUUGACAUGGACUUUGACAUAAUGUUGCUUGGCAGUGUUUUUUUUGUAUGUUGCUCUAAGCUGUCUUGCAAACAUUUGUACGCUCAUUUGAGCUAACAAACGCUGCAGGACAAAUUCAUCCAUUAAGUAUUUGUGCUGGAGGAGUGCUUGUUAGUCAUUUUACAACAUUUACAAACAGAAGUAUUGCAUUUUGUGAAGUGUGGAUGUUUCUGUCAAUGGUAAUGUUAACAUGUUUCUUUACAAUAUCAAGAUGGAAGUAACACUGUGAUAUUUCAAGAACUGAACUCAUCUUUCUACAACACUGACAGUACAGAGAAUCACAGUAAGCUGGGACUGUUCACAAAACUCAACUUAAGAUAUAGAUUUAUUGAGCAAUUGCAAAUGUAUCUGUUACGGAGAAGAGUUGUUGGUAAGGACCAGUCAUCCAGUUUCAUUUUUCAUAAAGCAUACGUUUAAAAGUAUAUUCCUGGGAAAAUUGUCACCAAAUUUUUUUAAAUUUAGCAUCCAAGCACCUUAUUGAAUUUUCCCUUGAUUUAUUUGAAUGUCAAUUAUAGGAACGUCGUUAAACAUGACUAUUUCAAAAAAAAAAAAAAAAAAAAAUGCCCCUCCCACAUCCUCUAAACCCAGCCACUGGUGUCUCAGUGCACAAUCUUCACAGAAAUGAAGGACAUUCUGAACAGUUUCAAUAUUAAAAUAAAAAAAAAGGUUUGCUUAUUUCACUGCUUAUGAAAUAUGUGAUGCAUUCAUGUGUAAUGAUGUUCUUGAACACUUAUUUCUUCCCCCUGUUGCAUUUUAGAGGCACAAUGAGGCCUUGUUUUUAUUUUAUUUUUAACAAAAAAGUUAAUAAAAAAUCCACUUGCAUCUGAA